GCUCCCUUUCCAUGGUGUCCGAGUGCCUCUUCUCCCUCCUCAACGGCGACGACAUGUUUGUGACCUUCGCCGAGAUGCAGCAGCACAGUUACCUGGUGUGGCUCUUCAGCCAGCUCUACCUCUACACCUUCAUCAGCCUCUUCAUCUACAUGGUCCUCAGCCUCUUCAUCGCCCUCAUCACCGGCUCCUAUGAGACCAUCAAGCACCAGUGUGAGGGGGAGCCCCCCGUGUCCCAGCUCCACACUUACAUUGCCCAGUGCAAGGACAGCCCCAAGUCGGGCAAGUACCGGCGUGACAGCACCUCCUCCUGCUCCAUCUUCUGCUGCUGCGAGCGGGCUCCUCUGCAAGACAACGCGCUGCUGGUGAACUGAGGUAGGACCCC